GCACGCUCGCGCUCUCCUGCGCGUCCGCUCCCUUUGUAGCUACGCACGGUAGGGGGGCGGACCCUGGCGGUUUGCUCCGCUCGGUGGAAGAGAGAUGGGGAGGCGUGGCGCUGGGGCUGAGGUAGGAAGGAGCCCGCCCCUCGACGCCUAACCCUCCCGCGACGCUAGCCCCUGAGUCGUGAUGCGAGCGUGGGUCCUACUCUCCGCGGUGCUCUGGUACCUCACAGGAGUUGGAUGGCAGCGUAAUUCCGAACGCACUGAGAAAGGCUUCAUUUAUGGCAAGCCGGGACACCCAGUGAAAGUAUAUGUAAAAUUACAUCACAACAGCCCAGUCCUUGUCUGUAUGGACUUUAAACGCGCUGAAAAAGAAACGGUGGACCCCACCUACUUAUGGGUUGGGCCUAAUGAAAAGCCAUUAACAGGAAGUAAUAGAAUAAAUAUAACUAAUACAGGAAAGCUGACAGUGAAAGACUUUCUGGAGCCUUUGUCUGGACUUUAUACAUGCAGUUUUUCUUACAAGACUAUCAAAGCAGAAACCCAAGAAGAAAAGGUAGUAAAGCAGAGAUAUGACUUUAUGAUCUUUGCCUAUCGGGAACCUGACUAUUCAUAUCAGAUGGCUGUACGUUUUACCACAAAAUCUUGUGUAGGAAAAUAUAAUGAUCUACUUUUUCGAGUCCUGAAGAAAAUCUUGGAUAAUUUAAUCUUUGAUUUGUCAUGCCAUAUAAUAGAACCAUCAUAUAAAUGCCAUUUUGUUAAAGUUCCAAAACAUGGCCUCAUUCAUGAGCUAUUUAUAGCCUUUCAAGUUAAUCCUUUUGCACCAGGGUGGAAAGGUACAUGCAAUGAGUCUAUUGACUGUGAAGAUACCACUAAUCAUAAUAUCCUCCAGGCAAGAAAUCGAAUAGAAGAAUUUUUCCGGAGCCAAGCAUAUAUUUUCAACCAUGAUCUAAAUAAAACUCUACCAGCCAUGCAUUUUGUGGAUCACAGUUUUCAAAUAGUACGUAUGGAUAGCUGUCGUCCAGGCUUUGGAAAAAAUGAAGGUCUACACAGCAAUUGCGCUACCUGUUGUGUGGUUUGUAGCCCUGGGACUUUUAGUCCUGAUGUUGAUGUUACAUGUCAGACCUGCAUUUCCGUCCAAAUCUACGGAGCUAAAUCAUGCCAGUAAAUUUCAACAUGAAAACUAGGGGUGAAAGCAUCAUUACUUGCUUGUGGAGGUGGAGGACAUAAGAUGAUUUGUUCACAUCCCAAAGUGUCAUAGAUAUUUUCAUUAAGGAAGAUGAGUGAGACCAAAACAUUGGAAAACAUACAUUUUAAAAACCAUAAAAAGAUAGUCAACAUGGUAUUUCUAAGAAGGCAUUUAAUCUCAGUGGAUGAUUUUUAAUGAAAUAUGUUUUGUUGCUUACAAACAAUCUUGUUUCUUUGUACCUAAAACUAUGUUAAAGUCAAGAAGAGUAGGCAAGUAUAAUAAAAUUUUAUACUUUCCAUAUAUUAUUUUGUUUGAUAUCACUCGUAUGAUAUAUCAUAUUACCUUUAUAAUUAGAACCAAAAAAGUUGUUUCUUUUAGUCUCUUUGCUUUUAGUCUAUUUAUUUUAGAAUAAUAGGCUUUAUUUUUUAGUAUAGUUUUAGGGUUACAGAAAAAUUGAGCAACUAUUACACAGAGUUCCAUAUACCCACUUCAGCCCACACCCUCACCCCUCCCGAGUUUCCCCUGUUAGUAUCACCUUGCAUUAGCGUGAUACAUUUGUUAUCAUUAAUGAACCAAUGUUGACACAUUAUUAUUAACUACAGUUAAUAGUUUAUAUUAAGGUUCAUUCUGCGUGUUGUAGUUCUGUGGGUUUUGACAAGUGCAUAUUGAUAACGUGUCCACCCCUACAGUUCAUACAGAGUAGUUUCACCACCCUUAAAAUGCCCUGUGUUUAAUCUGUUCUUCUCUCUGUCUUACCCCACAGCCCUUGACAACCACUAAUCUUGUUACUGUCUCUACAGUUUUGCCUU